UAAGCACCUUCGCCUCACCAAGCUUGCCUUGACACUUCUCUUUCCACCUAAUCAACCGAAUCUCCUCUGCCCAAUGCAUCUCAUCAAGUCUGUGCUUGUUGUCGCCGCCGCAAUCUUGUUUGCAGCUGUGCCCGCCGAAUCCCAGUGCAGCAACGAGUGCCCCAAAGGCUACCUCGCUGUAAACGGUGUUUGCACCCGAUAUGGCUGCCGCGACGGAUACUACUUUGAAACCGCCACGGCCUGCGACUGUGUGCCGUACUAUCUUGCCACCGCUAACGGCUAUCCUAACAGCUGUGGCAGCUCGUACUCGUGCACCCGCUGGACCUGCCUUGCCGACAACCUUGACUGUCGCUGCCUGACGGCUGUGUGCUAAAGAGCCGCUGCGAUCAUUGUACCCAGC